UUGGCCCUACAACGGCUAUGGAAGAAGCGGUUCAUCGUGGACGACACCCCGACGUUCGCCAUCAACCGCCUCUUCGCUAUGACGCAAGGCAACACAUCGACACGUGACUGGCCCCUGGAAUGGCAAAAGAUCGCGGCAACGCCCGAUCUUGACUUGCCAUUUUCGCAUCUGCGCCGAGAGUUCUACAACCGAUCAUGUGCCGCCUUGAGCCUUGCACUUGGUGAUGGCGAGCAAUACGCAACAUUCGCUGAAAUCAUCGACAAGGCAAGGGAGAUCAUCAAGACCAAUAGGGCAGCUGCACAUGAGAAAUCAGCAUGGCAGCCAACUUAUGUGGAGAAGGUGAAAACUGGUCCGCGGCCGCAGCAUGUCGCUGCAGUCCAAUCGGACAACAUUGUGGAAGACCCGGCAACCACCCAAGCAUCACGUGAGGGAGAUCACAGGUGGCUGCUGUCCAGCCGCGAAGCAACAACAAGUCCCGAGGAAACGGGAAGGCGAAAACCGCAUCGCCGACCAGAAACGGACAGCCAGCGCUAUGGUUGCGCGGGAGGUGAGGCGACUCCACCCCUCACUCCUCCAGAUUCGGCAGCUUUGCUAGCGUCCUCCUACACAUCUGGGGAGGAUGCGAAUGUCGCAAAUUCUCGGUACACUUACGAGGACUAUGUUAUCCACUUGGUCCCACCGUUGGACCAACCGCUCCAUGUGCAACAAUCCACCGCAUGCACGGUUUCACCACCAUCGGCAACCAAUUCGGCAGCUUCGCCGCCAUCUAUCGCCGGGGAUUUGACGUCAUGGUCAAGACUUGAAGAGCUCGACCCGUUGACGUUUGCGGACUUCCAAUGGAUGCCCCUUCCUCGGUCUGGUCGAUUGCCGAAACCGCAUUGCAACGUGCUCAUGGCACAAUUGCGGGAUUACUUGCACACUGCAGUACCAACUCCGUUGAUGGACGCCGGAGUAGAGGUUGUCGACCUUCACGACUACAUUGCGAAGAUCAACCGCGAGUUCAAGACACAACGGUACGACGACAUCGACGCGCCAUUGUUAUAUGUACGCAUUCAGAUCGGAGUGGCGACCUGCAACGCUUUGAUCAAUUGCGGAGCAUCUCGCAACUACAUGAGCCAGGACUUUAUGGUACGCAUCGGCCUUGGCCCACGCGUCCGAAGGAAGUCCCAGCCUACGCAAGUCACGUUGGUGGACGGUCACACGCCCAAGUCAAUAGACCGGUGCAUAGAUGACAUCCCCGUGUACUUUGCCCCGCAUGCAAGCGAGGCGGUGUCCUUCGAUAUUUUUGACACCAAAUUCGACAUGAUCUUGGGCAUGUCAUGGCUGCGAAGCGAGGAUCACCCGGUGAACUUCUACCACCGCACCGUUCACAUUCGUGAUCGGAACGGAGUACAAGUCCCAUGCACGGUGCCUCUUCCUCAUCCUUCGAUCAGCUGCCACGUGGUAUCCGCCGCAAGCAUGCAAGCUUCCAUCAUGAGAGACGACAUCGAGGAGAUGGGGAUGUGUUUUCUCCACGCCCUCCCGCCCCAUGACGCUUCAUCGACGGACUCAUCUUCGGACCCACGCAUCACCGAGCUUCUCGACUUCUACGGUGAAGUCUCAUCGCCAUACGGUGCUCCCGUUCUCUUCGUCCGGAAGAAGAACAAGGAUUUGCGGUUGUGCAUCGAUUAUCGCAAGCUCAACGUGCAAACGGUCAAGAACGCCGGCCCUCUUCCACGCAUCGACGAUCUCCUCGAACGGCUGGGCGGCGCCAAGUUCUUCUCCAAGCUAGACCUCAAAUCGGGAUAUCACCAACUCGAGAUCCGGCAGGAGGACCGCUACAAGACCGCGUUUAAGACACGAUAUGGGCAUUUCGAAUGGCUGGUUAUGCCGUUUGGCCUUACGAAUGCCCCGACCACAUUCCAAGCGGCUAUGACAACGGAGUUCCGACACAUGCUGGAUCGAUUUGUACUUAUCUACCUCGACGACAUCCUGGUGUACAGCCGGAGUUUGGACGAGCAUGUGGAACACCUGCGCACCGUUUUGGAGCGGCUACGACAAGCCAAGUACAAAGCCAACCGCGACAAAUGCGAAUUCGCGCGGCAAGAGCUGGAGUACUUGGGACAUUAUGUGACGCCGCAAGGCAUCUGUCCGCUUGCGGACAAGAUCGAGGCCAUCCGCGUAUGGCCUGAGCCCACCAACACCACGGACGUUCAUUCAUUCAUGGGAUUGGCGGGCUACUAUCAGCGAUUCAUCACCGGAUACUCCAGGAUUGCCGCACCUAUGACGAGGUUACAAUCGCCAAAGGUGCCAUUCGUAUUCGAUGACGAUGCACGCCGGCCAUUCCAAGCACUUAAGACGGCUAUGCUCAUGGCACCCGUCCUUAGCAUUUAUGACCCCACCCUGCCUACGAGAGUGACAACUGACGCUUCCGGCUAUGGCAUUGGGGCAGUCUUGGAACAACACGACGGCGACGACUGGCACCCUGUGGAGUAUUUCAGCCACAAAGUGCCUCCCAUCAAUUCGCGUGAUAAUGCAAGGAAGAAGGAGCUGCUCGCGUUCGUGACGGCUCUCAAACGAUGGCGGCACUUCCUCCUUCGGCGUCGUAGGUUCACAUGGGUCGCGGACAACAAACCAUUGACCUCCUACAAGACGCAGGAUACGGUGAGCAGCACGAUCGGACGAUGGAUGUACUUCAUCGACCAAUUUGACUUCACACCGAAACAUCUUCCCGGCCUCUCCAAUCGCGCGAAGACCCGAUCUUUGCGCUAUGACACAUCAUGCCUUCGCAUUCGACGAGGAACUCCAGCGACACUUCAUCCGGGGAUAUGAGUCUGAUCCAGACUUCACCACGUUGUAUGCGCAACUAUCUUCG